AUGAAAGAGCAAGUCGUUGAUAAUACACCAAAAAAAAUUCGGUACAUUCAAUUUGGUGUUUUAUCACCUCAAAACAUGGUGAAGAUUUCAGAAUUUGAGAUUACUCAAAGGGAUCUAUAUAUGCCUGAAAGCCGUACACCUAUCAAAGGUGGUGUUCUUGAUUUAAGAUUGGGUACAACUUUAAAAGAUGCUUUUUGUGAAACUUGUGGGCAAAAGAUGCAAGAAUGCGCUGGCCAUUGGGGCUAUGUAAAGCUUGUUUUACCUAUCUUUCACAUUGGUUAUUUUAGACCUGUUAUCAAUAUCUUGCAGGAAAUUUGUAAGACCUGUAGUCGUGUUAUGUUAGAAGAAGCUGAUCGUCGAAUGUAUUUAAGAAGAUUAAGAGCACCUGGCUUAGAUAAUUUGCAACGAAAUCGAAUCAUUAAACAAAUCAAUGAUAAAUGUAAAAAAGUCACAUAUUGUCCUCAUUGUAAUGCAGUUAAUGGUGUUGUUAAGAAAGUUGGACCCAUGAAGAUCACACACGAUAAAUAUCGUUUAAAACGAGUUGAUGCUGAGGCAGAGCAAUUUAGAAAAACGUUUGAAACAGCUGCAGCAUCUAUGCCUGAACUUCGAUCUCAUAUCAGUAAAGCACAGGAUGAUUUAAACCCGCUUCGUGUAUUAAGACUCUUUCAACGAAUUUCACCAGAGGAUUGUGAAUUAUUGGGUUUGAGUGAAGAACAUGGUAGGCCUGAAUGGUAUAUCUGGCAAUAUCUUCCUGUUCCUCCUGCCUGUAUUCGUCCCUCUGUUGUACAGGAUGAUAAUACGAGUAAUGAAGAUGAUUUGACAGCAAAAUUAACCGAAAUUAUUUUUACUAAUGCAAUUAUCCGCGCUGGUUUGGAAAGAGGUGUUACAGUUAUGAAUUUGAUGGAGCAAUGGGAGUUUUUACAGCUAGCUGCUGCUAUGUAUAUCAAUAGUGAAUUACCUGGUGUUCCUAAUGCUAACGCUGGUAAACCUAGUCGUGGUCUCUGUCAACGUUUGAAGGGUAAACAAGGUCGUUUCAGAGGUAAUCUAUCUGGUAAACGUGUUGAUUUCUCUGGUCGUACUGUGAUUUCGCCUGAUCCCAACAUGCGUAUUGAUCAAGUUGCUGUACCUGAACGUGUUGCUAAGAUUCUCACUUUUCCUGAACGUGUCAAUCGACAUAAUAUUCAUAAGCUACGCCAAAACGUUAUUAAUGGUCCUUUUGUUCAUCCAGGUGCUAAUUUCGUACAAGGUGCCAAUGGUAUGAAGAGAUUUUUAAAGUUUGGUAAUAGACAAGAAAUUGCAGCAGAUUUGAAAAUUGGUGAUAUCGUUGAACGUCAUCUUUCGGAUAAUGAUGUUGUUUUGUUCAAUCGUCAGCCUUCUCUUCAUAGACUUUCUAUUAUGGCUCACUUUGCCAAGGUGAUGCCUUGGAGAACAUUUCGUUUCAAUGAAUGUGUAUGUUCACCUUAUAAUGCUGAUUUUGAUGGUGAUGAAAUGAACAUGCACUUACCACAAACACAAGAAGCCAAAGCAGAAGCUAUUGAAUUGAUGGGUGUUAAAAAUAAUUUAGUUACUCCUCGUAAUGGUGAACCACUUAUUGCAGCUACUCAAGAUUUUAUUACAGCAUCUUAUUUAAUAUCACAUAAGGAUACUUUUUAUACCCGUGGCGAAUUUACUCAAGCAAUUGCUAUGAUGGGAGAUGCUAAUAUGAAGAUUGAUAUUCCUCCGCCCGUUAUUUGGAAACCUCAACGUUUAUGGACAGGCAAGCAAAUUUUUAAUAUUCUUUUUAGACCUAAUAAGGAAAGUAAAGUAUUAUUGAAUGUUGAAGCAAAGACCAAGUCGUUUGUGAAAGAAGAAGGUCGUCUUCCUGAUAUGUGCCCCAAUGAUGGCUGGCUAGUUGUUCAAAAUAGUGAAAUCAUGUGCGGUCUUGUUGAUAAAGCUAUUGUAGGUGAUGGUAAUAAAAACUCAGUGUUCUAUGUCAUUUUGCGUGAUUAUGGACCGAUUGAAGCUGCAAAAUGUAUGAAUCGUUUAGCUAAGCUUUGCGCUAGAUGGCUUGCUAAUCGCGGUUUUUCAAUUGGUAUUAGUGAUGUUACACCUGGCGAACGUUUGAGUAAAAUUAAAAAUGAAGAAGUUAGAAUUGCUUAUAAAAAGUGUGAUGAAGUUAUUGCUCAAUAUAAUAGUGGACAAUUAGAAACGAUGGCAGGUUGUAACGAAGAACAAACGAUGGAGUCCAUUGUUUCUGGUAUUCUAUCUAAUGUUCGUGGUGAUCUUGGUAAAGUCUGUAUGAAUGAAUUAAAUAUGUAUAAUUCACCUAGUAUCAUGGCCCGAUGUGGUUCUAAGGGUUCACAAAUUAACGUCUCUCAAAUGGUUGCUUGUGUUGGUCAACAAAUUAUUAGUGGUAAUCGUAUUCCAAAUGGUUUCCAAGAUCGUUCGUUACCUCAUUUCUUGAAACAUUCCAAAAGCCCUCCAGCUAAAGGUUUUGUCAGAAACAGUUUCUAUACUGGUCUCUCUCCUACUGAAUUUCUUUUCCAUGCUAUUUCCGGUCGUGAAGGUUUGGUUGAUACUGCUGUUAAAACUGCUGAAACUGGUUAUAUGGCUCGACGUUUGAUGAAAGCCUUUGAGGAUCUUGUAACUCAUUAUGAUCUUUCUGUCCGUAACUCUGAAGGUGCUAUGUUGCAAUUCUGUUAUGGUGCUGAUGGUUUAGAUCCUAUGACAAUUGAAGGUGAAGGUAUUCCUGUAGAAUUUACUCGUAAUUUACGUCAUGUCAAAGAAACAACUCCCCCAGAUAGUGAUAGAGGCCUCUUACCUUGGGAAAUUAUUUAUCUUACGGAAAAAGAAGUUCAAAGAGAAGUUUGGCAGAGAAAUUGUAUGCCCUCAUUUAUUGAUAUGGUUCUGAAGUUUGUCCGAGAAAAGGUUGCUGGUAAACUUGCAUCUAUUAGAAGAAAACAUGGAUUACAAUCAGGUUUGGCUAUUCCUGAUGAAGAUUAUAUGGAUAUCGAUAUUGAUGAAGAUGAGGAUGAAGCUGUGAAAGCGGUUGUUCGUAAUUUAUUUGUUAUUACUGAACGUCAAUUACGUGAUUAUCUUGGAGUAUGUCUUUCCAAGUACAUGAAAGCGAAGAUUGAACCAGGUACUGCUGUUGGUGCUAUUGGUGCACAAUCUAUUGGUGAACCUGGUACUCAGAUGACACUUAAAACUUUCCACUUUGCUGGUGUUGCUAGUAUGAAUAUUACACUUGGUGUACCUCGUAUUAAAGAAAUUAUUAAUGCUGCUAAAGUUAUUUCUACUCCUAUCAUUACUUGUGAACUUCACUCAAACAAAGAUGUAAGAGCCGCUCGUGUUGUUAAGGGUCGUGUUGAAAAAACCACUUUAGGAGAUGUAGCUAUGUAUAUGGAUGAAGUUUAUGAACCUAAUGAAGCAUAUAUUCUAUUACGUAUUGAUCUAGAUGCUAUCAAUAGACUUCAAUUAGAAACCAAUUUACACCAAAUUGCCCACGCUAUUAAAACUGCUCCAAAACUUAAGAUGGGCCAAUUGGAUGUUCAAACUAGUAGACCUGAUAUUAUUCGUGUCUACGUACAUGCUAAGCAAGAUGAAUCUAUGUAUUAUAGUCUGAAGGCUCUUAAACGUGCUUUAACAAAUGUCGUAAUUACUGGUCUUCCAUCCGUUGUUCGAGCUGUUAUUAGUGAAAAGGAAGGUGGAAAAGGCGCUAAACAGCUAUUAGUAGAAGGUUAUGGUUUAUUAGAGGUUAUGACUACAGAUGGUAUUAUUGGUCAUGAAACUACAUCCAAUCAUGUUAUGGAAGUUGCAGACGUAUUGGGUAUUGAAGCUGCAAGAAAUACAAUUAUUAAAGAAAUUCAAGAUACUAUGUCAGCUCACGGUAUGACCAUUGAUCAUCGUCACGUAUUCUUGUUAGGUGAUAUUAUGACUAGUAAAGGUGAAGUUUUGGGUAUUACUCGUUUCGGUAUUUCCAAGAUGAAGGACAGUGUACUUAGUAUUGCAUCUUUUGAAAAGACUACUGAUCACUUGUUUGAAGCUGCAUUGUACUCUAAGAAAGACGGAAUUGUAGGUGUAUCGGAACAAAUUAUUAUGGGUAUCCCUAUGUCUAUUGGUACUGGUUUAUUCAGAUUAAUCCAGAAGUCUAUGAAAAGCCAUAUUCCUUCUCCUAGACCUUUAUUAUUUGACAUUUAA